UCCGACGAGCUGCAGACCAUCCAGGAGCACGGAGGAGCAGGCUCAGAGUGCGGUUCCGAGUGUGCUGAACAGGACCCCGAGUAGAAUUCCUCCUCUCUUACUCUUCCCUCGCUCCGAUUCCUCUUGAGAACAAAGAAAACGCUUAGUAUGGCAUCCGCAAGCUCCUCGCAGUCCACAUUCAGACUGGGCCGCAGCAAGAAGAACCCGACCGUUAUGGAUCAGAUCGGAAAGUUCUUUGGAGGAGAAAAGAAGAGGAAGGGAAAGGGCUCUUUCCGUGGUGCUCUCUCCGCCUCACCUCAGAGAUCGAGCGCAUCACCUCGACGCCGCACGGAUGAGAACGCUGUCAUGCAUUUUUUCAGAACUAUUGUUUCACCUUCUACACCCAAAUCUAGGGGAGAGCAGAAGUCACAGAGCUCGGCUAAAGGUAAAAAAGGACGCGGAGACAGUCAAGGCACUUUAACCAGGAUCUUCAAAAUGGGAGGAAACCAGUCUGCCUCAUCUACCAAGCGUUGAAGUCCCAGUGCCUUUUCCCCAUUUCAAAAUUAGGAGGAAAGGAAGAAAAAAGGAUGAAAAAAAUACCAAUUUGUCUUUUCUUAUUUUUCUAAUUCAGUAACAAAGACUUGAAUAGGCUUUUGCAUUGAUUGAUAUGUGACAACACAAUCUGUGUCCUAAGACUAAGUAUUCCUGUUUAGUCUUGUCAGAGUUGUACUAACGCUGUGUGUAAUCUUUGAUGAGUCGCUGUCUGAAUGAACUAACUAGACACUGAUAAUGAAGCCGAGUCAGUUUGAGCUCCUCUCAGGACUGGUUAGGUCAGCAGCCAUAUGUCUAGAAAUGUUUCUGUCUUGUCCCUGUAGCGCUCAAAAAUACUUAACUGUGCAAAGCUUUAGUGUGGUCAGUAUCUCUCUCAGUAUUUUGUUUAUUAGAUCCCAAUCGUUUUUUUCUAGAUGGCUUACACGCUUUAUUUCUCUAUGAGCACUCUUACCAGAACAAAAUGUUGUAAAAGAUGCCAAGAUGUGCACUGCAUAUCCCAUAAUCUGUUGAACGUAUGUCAUGUGUGUCCUGGUAUUAUUGACAGACUUCCCUAACUGGCUUUUUCAAUAUUAUGGGAAUUUGUAUCUGGAGAUUUCAUCUUAAUUUAGUAGCAGACAAACCUCCAGACAACACUAGAAUGUUCUUGCGUUAGAUUGGCAGUGUGUUUUACAGAUUAGACUGGCACUAGGCUAUAUGUUUCAGGCCCUAUGCUAAUUAUUCAUUUGAGCCGACAUUUUCAUUAGGAAUCAAAAGCCAUAAAACCACAAAAAAAAAAAAAAAAAAAAAAAAAGGGAAAAGAUGUCUCAUACAAACUAAAACAUACUAUAUGUAGUUUAUGUUGAUGUUACAGCAAUAUCACUAAUAGAUGGCAACAAUUAAAGGUGCAAAAAAUAA